UCGCAAAGUUAUCCACAACUCGUCAUGCUCGGUAGUUUCAUUUCUUCUCUUGCACAGACACGUAUUAACUUAUGCAAUAUUGUCUUCUUUCAAGUAAAAAACGUCAAAGACGAAUACAGUGAUACAUUAUAUGCAGUUUACUAAAUUAGUGUGAUAAUUAAAAAUUAACAACGCAAUUGUCUAGAUUGACAGUGUUAGUAUAAAAUCAGAUCAACAUUUUUAAAAUUUUAUAAAAAAAAACAAAAAGAAAUUAUUCAAUUCGAUUAUAUGUGUACAUUACGCACUUGACACAUAUCUUUAAUUUACUAAAUACAAAAGCUAUAGUAGGCACAAAAUAAAUAUACAUUUUUUAAGUAUUGAAAAUUAAAAUUUAUAUGAGAAAUAAUGAAUGUAGCAACAGGUUUGAUUGAUUUCUCUAUCUAAUUUCUGUAGUGAAUCCUUUGUAAAAUAAUGUUUGUACAAAAUUUUGCGGUUCUGCGUUGUGAGCUUUUUCUCCUCAUCACUUCGUCAUCGAAAUCUCAGGAAAAUUACACCAACAACAAAGAUGAAGGUUAUAAUUUGACAGUACGAUACGAGAUAUAUGCAAAUUCUACAACAAUUUAUAGCGACGAGAUAAAUCCACUGCGAUAUAAUUUGUAUGAAAGGUUUACCAACAAUACGCAACAUAAGGAAACGGAAUAUGAAUUUAGCAUUUUUUCCACGAAUAUCGAUCGCGAGGAUGUUGAUUCAAAACUAUCUAAACUAAGGAGGCGUUCUGCUCACAACCAUGAAAAUGAUGACAAACUGAUGUACACUUACAUCAAUUCAACAGAUGUCGAUCAUGCAGAAAACUCUACGUCACUGGAGGUUUAUGAUAACUUGCUUGAAAAGAAUGAUUCCAUGUCGAAUACAAUCUUUGAAAAUUCCAAUAAGGGUAUUAAUGAAAGUAACACUGUUUCAUUCCAAAUAUGCCAUAAUAUCACUUGCAUUCUGUUCUGCUGUCCUCUUGGCAAUAUCAUGAGAUGGAAUGACUCCAAAUGUAUUCCAAAAAAAAUGGAAUAUGUUUUUCCGAAUGUGUACGAAUACAUGAACGAUUUAACGCAGAACGAAAGUAAAAUAGUGGACGAAUUCUUUCAGUUAGCCGUCUACGAUCCGUGCUUAGGAAGCCGUACCGUGGCAUACGAGGGUCAUCAAUACGAUUAUAAGAUUUUUGCCAAUGGUUCUAUUUAUAUCCCUUAUUAUGCAACAUUAAUUGAAUCGACAUCAUAUUGCUUUACUAUUAUUUUGGAAAGGGGAAAUACGUUUGAAAUAACUUUCUGUUCAGAUCUAAAGGAACUUUACAGAAACGCUAUGAAGUACUCACCUGAGUUUCGUUGGAUACAUCGUAUGAUUGAUAUACAUUGCAGCUUGAAUUUAGUGGGUAUAUUAUUUUUGGUGGCAGUAUUUCUAGUGUAUUCCAUAUUACCAGAACUCCGAAAUGAACACGGCUUCAUGUUGCGCAAUUACUGUGCAUGUUUAUCCAUCACAUUCGUGAUUGAUACAGUCAAAGUUUUACAUUUGAAAGAGGAACCGACAUACAUCCGUCCCGUCUGUAUUACAAUUGCCUUUUUAAGAUAUUUUUGGUUUAUGUCGAGUUCCUUUUGGCUAAGUAUCAUGAGCUUUAAUAUGUGGCGGACAUUCAGAGAAUUUUCUUCGCUACAAAGGAACGUCAAAGGAAUUAUACAAUCAGGAAAAAAAAAGUUGGUGUAUUAUGCUAUUUUUGCGUACGGAUGUCCAUUUGUAUUUGCAAUUGUUUGUGUCAUUGUUGCGGAUUAUUUAUCCGAGUAUUUACCAAAAAAUUUGAGACCAGAAUUCGUAGAAGGAUCUUGCUGGUACUCUAGUCAACAUUUUGAAGCGUAUAUAUUUUAUUAUUACUGGAUCAGUACUACCUGUAUUGUUAGUAGCAUUUGCUUAUCCAUUUCUUCGUCUCGAAAUAUCAAACAAUGUGAAAAGGAUGCAAAUUUUCGUCUAACAGAUUCGGAAAGCAGGCAGUAUAAUCAAAAUAAGAAAUGGUUUAAUCUAUAUAUGAAGUUUUUUAUCAUAUUGUUUAUCACUAUGGGUAUAAAUUGGAUUUUGUAUACAGUUGGAUGGCACUUAUAUACAAUACAAUUAUAUUAUUAUUGUUUUUGCAUUAAUAUUGCUAAUGCUUUGUUAAAUGUAACAGAGUAUUUCUUGGUCUUUAUCAUAUUUGUAUGGAAAAAGAAAAUCAAGUCAAUGUUAUUGAAACGAUUCGGAUUCGAGACAAAUACAUCGACUUGAAUACCACUUUUGAGGAAUCUAUGCAGGAAAAGGCGAACUUUUGCGGAAAAAGAUUUGUCACACGAAAAACUCAUCUAAUGAAAUUGAAUUCUACUGUUGUCAGUAUGUAAAGAAAAGAGUUUUAUCACAGAUCAAAUAUCAACGAUUAAUAUAAUUGUAUAUAAUCGCAAUUUAAUAUAAUCUUAUAAAAUUGAAAGUUACAAUGUUAUAUUUUACGUGAUGUUUAGAUUUCUUCAAAGGGUUUAAUUAAAAAUUUUACAUAGAAAAUUUGUCUUAUCGCAGUGCAUAUAAUUAUUUUAAAUUAAUGCGGUUUAAAUUUAGUAAACAUUUUUCGUCAAAAAAUAAUCUUUUAUGAAAGCUAUACAAUAUAUU